CGGUGCUCAAAGUUGAAGAUCUAUCCAAUAUUGCAGAAGGUUUAUUUGGAGAGAAUUCUAAGAAAACCAGAAAUUGAUGCUUUUUCAGAAGAAUUGAAACCACAUCAGAAAGCUCUUCUUCCAGACAAUUUCACUGUACUGGACCGGGCUAUGAUUGAGCACAAUCUUCUUAGCGCAAGCAAACUUUAUACUAAUAUCAGCUUUGGAGAGCUAGGCACGCUGUUGGGGAUCCCACCUCACAAGGCUGAGAAGAUAGCAUCAAGAAUGAUUUAUGAGGAUAGGAUGAGGGGAUCUAUCGAUCAGGUUGAAGCAGUCAUACAUUUUGAUGACGACACUGAAGAGUUGCAGAGAUGGGACCAACAGAUUGUAGGCCUAUGUCAAGCCCUCAAUGAUGUUUUGGAUAGCAUGGCCAAGAAGGGUUUUCCAGUUCCUGUUUAACGUGGAUGAUUUUGACAAUUUCUUUUGUUUAUACAUUCUUAGUAAAGCAUCUUUUUUUUUUCUCUUGUUGAUUUUUUGUGAACUUCACUAUACAAACGAUACCAUUAAUUUCCUCAUAUUAGAUUCAAAAUUCGGUUUAUCCAAGGGCUUGUUUAAUUACUGCCUGUACUUAACCA